CCGGCGGCACCGGCGGCACCGGCGGCACCGGCACCAUGAGGAGCGGCGAUGACCUGGAAGGCUUCGACGGCGAGGCGUCCAGCGCCUCCAUGAUCUCGGCGGCCAGCAGCCCCUACCAGCCCACCACGGAGCCCGUCAGCCAGCGCCGCGGGCUGGGCGGCCUGCGCUGCGACCUGGACUACCUGCGGGGCACCUUCGGCAGGCUGAAGCUGGCCGAGGUGCUCUUGGCGCUGACCGCGUUCAUCUGCAUAGAGACCAUCAUGGAAUGCUCCCCUUGCGAGGGCCUUUACUUCUUUGAGUUCGUGAGCUGCAGUGCACUGGUGGUCACCGGGGCUCUCCUGAUUCUGUUCAGUCUCAACCUGCACACGAGAAUACCCCAGAUCAACUGGAAUCUUACUGAUCUGGUCAACACUGGACUCAGCACUUUCUUCUUUUCCAUUGCCUCUGUAGUACUGGCUGCUUUAAACCAUAAAACUGGAGCAGAAAUUGCUGCUGUGGUGUUUGGUUUCCUGGCAAUGGCAGUGUAUGCUGUGAACACGUUUUUGGCAGUUAAGAAGUGGCAGCUGAGCAGCAGGCAGCAGAGCAGCCGGCAGAGCAGCGACUACAUCCGUGCUCGGACAGAGUCCAGGGAGGUGGUGCACCGGCCCGAGAUCCAGCGCCUGGACGCCUGAGAGCCACCCCAGUGGCACUGAAAGGGAAAACAGCACUGGCUCCCUCAUGGAAUAAGGGUUUUGGCUUUAUUUAAGGAGGAGAAGGUGGAUCCAAGGGUGGCCAGGAUGCCCAGCCCUGCACGUGUGCAGAGAUCCAGAAGCUGCUGUCACGGAGGCAGAAAAUGGUGAUGGUUCCAAAGGAAGAUCCCCUCAAGACCUCCACAUAGACAUGUGCAUAUAUUAUAUAGCUCACAGAAUAUAUAAUAUAUGUCUGUUCUGAAGCUUGUCUUUGCUUUGGAUUAACUGCACAGCAGUUUCCUUCCAUCUCUGAAGAUCCACUGUUCCUUCAGCUGCCCCAGAGACAGAGCAGCCCUGCCUGGCUGGCUGAGGGAGGAGGGACACCCAUGGGAGCAGAUGGAGCAGCCAGACGUGCCAAGGAGCCAGAGGCACUCAGCAAUAACUCAUCCCAAACUGUCUGUCUGUCUGUCCUCCUGCCCUGAGCCUCUGCAGAGCUGCUGGGGACCCGUGCCACGCUCUCCUGGCUGCUGGAAGGGCCCCGGCCACUCUGGACUGGGCUGGCCUGGGCUGGAGCUGCUGGCCACGGGGAUGCGCUGAGCGGGCGGAGGUGGCUGUGGGACACAUUCCAGUUUUCAUUCCAAAGUGGGAAAAUGAAUACGAUUAGGAGAUGGGGUGGAGAAAAGGGGCUUAAGGGGCACAGUAGAGAAUGAAGGGGUUGUCAUCCUAUAGACUUACAUUCCAGCCAUGGCUUUCUUUUUCUUUUCUUUUCUUUUCCUUUUUCUUUUUUUUUAAAGGUUCAACAUUUCUAGAAGUUUUUGCCUAGAACUUGCUUUCCCUCUAAGCUCAGGGUAAGCAAGAGCUAGCAAAAAUUUAUGUACUUUUAAAGUGUUCCUCAGGUUGCAAUGUUGUGAUUCAUGCAAAGUAAAUAUUUCUUUUUGGAAGGAUGUUUUUUUCUAAAAUCAAACCUUAAUUGGUAGUAGGUAAAUCUGAUUUUUAUUUUAACUGGGUGUUUCUGCAGAUUUAUUCCCCUUAAGUUUCUUUGGAAAAUGAAUUUAGCUAAUUGGAAAAUAAUGAUUGUACUGAUUUGUUUAGAAAUAUUUUUACUUAGCUGAAGUUUUUUUUUUUUUUUCCCCUUGUACUUCCAGUGAAUAAAUUACAUUUUCUCUACUCAGAACUCAAAUUCAGCAGUAAUUGGCUAGAUAAUGUCACAAUAUUAUUAGGAAGAUGUCUCUUGAUAUUUUUCUGUUUCUUUGGUGUUUUUAUCUCUGUAGUGCAUUAUCUGGCAUUUGCCUGCCUGUGUGAAGACAGUGUGUGUGGGAGGAGAUCUCUAGAAUUGAACUCCUUUGUGGUGUGAGGAAAAUGAAAAUCUGUGCAAUUAGUGGCACUGCUUGCCAUGUCUGCCUGAGUUUGUCCUGCUGGAGCUGCCCUGCCCAGGGUGAGUGCAGCACCCAGAGCCUUAAGAACAACGGGCAGUGUGUUGUGGAGAAGGUAUUUAACAGGAAAAACAAGUUACACCAAACAGCAGAUCAGGAGAAGUGCCUGGGCUUUUAUAAUACUGGAGGGAGCUGGAACAGUGAAAGUGUGAACCUAAUGCUGCAAUAUUCAAAUUGAGCAGCACAGAAUUAUUUUGAUGAGUGAAAAAAAAGUGACAAAAGUGAUGCCUUUUCAUUUUGUAUUGAACAUAUUGACAUCUACAGUGCAUUUCACCUCAGUGGCUAAGAUGGAGAUUAAAAUUCAGUUACUGAUGAGGUUAAGGAAAAUUUGCAUCUUCUUAGUGAUUGAUGGUUUACCAGUUCCUACAGUAACAUUUUAUUGUGCUUUAUUGGAAUGUUGUGCCAAACGGAACACCAGUUUAAAAGAAGAUUGAACCAGCUCUUGGUUCACAGAGGGUUGCCUCACCUGGGUGCAUUCCCUGAGCAGGACAUGGCAGUUCCCUGGCCAGUGUGGUAAGAAAUUACAGUUUGUUAUUGCAAGAACUGCUGUGGCAGCCCUGCUGUUUGCCAGCACUGCCCAGGACUGGCAGAGUUUGCAAUGUCAAUUAUUAAAAGACUUUUAAUUUAAAAAUAGCACAAGCAUACCCAGUCAGGAAUUGUAAACUGCCAUCAAAGCAAUUUGGAAAAA